AUGGCCGUGGUGAUUGUAGUUGUCUUUCUCACAGGGUCUGGAGUCUUGCUCUACGUGGCAGCUGCCCUGUCAGAUUUCUAUAUCCUCACCUCAGAGAUGCCCCAGCAAAAGAUCCAGUUCUCAGAGGGGCCCCUGCAGAUCACAAUGGAGAUGGUGCCAAAACUGUCUCCUCUCAUCCAAGAGUGGGCCCCGGAGACGUUUGUCAGUUCCUUCCAACUGGAGAUGGAUCCCAUGAACGUGAUAACACGACAGGCUCUGGAGAAACAGCGGCACCAGGUGGUGGUAGCCAAUAUCCUGGAGUCAUGGAGAACUCUUGCUGAAACCAAACACUCACAGACUCAGUCAUCACUUUUUGAUGAGGAAACAGUGCAAGGUAUAGAAUUAGGGAAAAGACAGUGA